GAAGCGGCGAUGGAGAAAGCGAUUUUGGGGUGUUAAUGGUUUUGGUGUGUUUGAAGGGUGAUGAUUGGGUUUUGCCUCCGGUUUGGAUCGUCUCCGUUCUAAAGGGGGUCGAGGGUUCUGGGGAGCGAUGGGAUUAUCAGAUCUGCAAGUGCAUCUGGAUUUGUUUUGGGUUUCGAAGGAGGGUUUUUUCUAGAUCCAUUCAUUAUUUUUUCUGGGUUGAGGUUUGGAGGUAUGGGGUUUGGUCUCGGUGGGCGAGGUGCUUCCUUUGGCAUCUUUCGUUGUGUUUUUUCUCACAUUUUGGGGUGUGGAAGGAAGUGAUGAUUGGGCGAUUUGGGUGUAAAGCUCGGGAAGGUGAUUUGGAAGGUGUGAUAUCUGCGAUUGGCUUAUCUCGGAUUCUAAUUGGGUGUUUUCUUUCCUUUUUCUUGGGCGGAUCGGUGGAUUGGAGGAGAUUUUUAUUCUUCGAAUCUCUGGGCUUUAAUACUUUGAUUAUGUUUCGAGAUCAUAUCGAACAAAUUCUUCAGUAUAAAGACUCUUGGAAAAGGCCAGUGUUUCAUCUCUAUUUCUUUCGCCAGUUUAAGCAUUGUGUUUUGUCUACUCGGGUUAGCUUGUGUUCUGGUUUUUUGUGGUUCAGUUUUUGGUCUGGUUGUGGUGCAAUGUCUCAAAGUGGUUUGUUGGGGAAGAGUUUGGUGGGUAUGCAGGAGGGAGGUCAGCGACCAAUGAGAAGGAUCAAGAUUGCACGUUUUGAUAAUUCUGCUCUCAUCGCUGGCUACUCCAAAACGGUGAUUGGGCGUUGCCUCAAUCCCCAAAUGCAAGAUAUGAAAUCUUUGCUGAUUAUGCUACCGCGUAUUUGGCAAAUGGAGGGGAAGGUUGCAGGUGCUGAUUUGGGGUCGGGAAAAUUCCAGUUUGACUUCGAUGAGGAAGCAGACAUAGUUGCAGUCUUGAAAAUGGAGCCUUUCCAUUUUGACUCGUGGAUGGUUUCGAUGGUAAGGUGGAAACCAGUCGUGGAUCCUCUUUAUCCGUCAGCUUUGACGUUUUGGAUUCGGGUCAUUGAUGUUCCUCUACAAUUCUGGGCGGAUCCUACUUUUAAUGAUAUUGGUUCUGAUCUUGGUCAUGUCGAAGAAGUUGACAUAAACAGGGGGCGUGUGAAGGUUACAGUAGAUGGUUACAAGCCGUUGUGUUUCGCAACAGAGAUUGAAUUUUAUGAUGGUGAGGUUACCAUUGUGAAACUGUUUUAUGAGCGCUUGUAUGGGUGGUGUAGGAACUGCUUCAGUCUUUGUCAUGACAAGGCUGUAUGCCCUCUUCUCAUUGGGUCCACAAAGGAAGAUAGCAUGGAUUUAGCGAAUGCGGAGCAAAGGGAAGACCAUCACAUGAGCUACAGGGGCGCUGUUUUGGCAGAUAGACGAAGGGGAGUAGGCACUGAUGGUUUGUAUAAGAGUAACAAUAAGGGUAAGGGGAUUGGUGAAAGUUCUUCUUCGGUACAACAACGGUCUAAUGGUGGCUCACAAUAUGGAGGCUACAAGGCCAAGGCUGAGCACUCCUCAGGGGUAAAAGCCCGUUCUACAGGGUCCUUUAGAGCUAGACAGCACAAGGAGAGCCAUGGAAAGGUGCAAGGGGGUUCCCAGGGACAAUCAAGUCUCCCAGCUGCUCCAGUUUCUGGUUCUGUCCUUGAUCCGAUUCCUGAGGAAUCCAGGGAGCAGGAGUCAGCUAUUAAGAAGCAGAAAAAGGUCCGGAAAGCUUUGUUUACGGAAUCUGAAGAGAAUGGUGAAGCUAUGGCUAACCUUGUAACUGGCACUAACCAAUUAGAGGAGGGACAACUGGAGGAAAGUGAUCAUGAGAUGGAAAAAAUAGUUGGUUUGAGCUUGGGGUCGUCUGAGGUGGAAGCGAUCUGUGGGGGAAGUAAAGCGGUGCUAGCAGAGGAGCUUUCGGUACAGCACACUGAAGAGCAAGGUUUGGUGGUGGAUUCAGCUGUGGUUGUUGACAACGAAGACCUUAUGGGGCAAGAUGGAGCGACUGAGUUUGGGUUUGGCUCACAUAUUUCUGUGAGUCGUGAUGAAUUCUCUCUUAUGGUGGGUAUUGAGGAGGUCUCAGAUCAUCCAAUUAUUGAUGAAAAAGAGGUGAAUGCAGCAGCUAUGGAUGUUGCGGAUUCGACUUUGGUGCAAAACUUUGGGGAUGAUGUGCUGACCGUAGGUAACGAGGGGAGAAUACAUGGAUCUGUGGACACUGGUGAUGUAAUGGCUGAGAAGGAAGGAGUAGGUAGGGAUGCUGCAGGUGAUAAAGGCAAGAGGAUCCCGGGCCCUUUGAUACUCAAAGGAGUAAGCGCAAGGAAACGUAACGCCCAGUUGCUGUUGUCACCAAGGAAACGACAGGUCCCACACGGUUUAGAGCUGGUGGGAGGAGGACAUGUCUCGAAGCUUCAGGAGAAGGCGAAGGGAGGCGUAGGUGGAGCCAAGCCACCAAAACCAACAGUGGAUAAAUGAAGGUACUAAGCUGGAAUUGUCAAGGUCUCGGAAAUAAGGCUACAAUUGGGUAUCUUAGGGAUAUGUGGAUUAAAUAUCGGCCCGAUUUUUUGUUCCUUUCAGAAACAAAACAGUCAUCUCUAUUUUUGGAAAAGUUUGUAGGCCAUUUUGGCUAUAAAAGUUUAAAAACGAUUGACCCCAUUGGUUGUAGUGGUGGUCUUGCGCUAUUUUAUAAUAAUAAUGAUUUCAAUGUUUCAAUUCUA